AUGAGCACCCUGGGGGUCCUGGCCUUCCCUGGGACCAUCGUGGCCGCCCUGGAGGUGGAAGUGACCCUCACCAACUUCAACUACUCCGAGGACCUGAAGGACCCUGACUCGGACACCUUCCGCUCCUUCCGGGACCACUUCCGGCAGGAGAUCAAGAAGAUCUACGGGACCAUCCCUGGCUACGAGGGCGUGGAGUUCACCAGCUCAAGUAAGGGGUCCCUGACCUCCCGCCAUGGGUCCGGCAGCAUCGUGGUGGGACACCAGGUGUUCUUCACCACGGCUCAGAGCGGCAACACCACGGAGAAGUUCCAGGAGACCACAGAGGGGUUGGUGGAGAAGCUCCGGGAGACGGCGGCGAGCCAGGGCGACUGCCAGCACAACACCUCCGUGCUGUGCCUCGUGCUGAGACCCAACCCCGUGGUCAGCGACAUGAGGGAGGUGUCGGACCUGGAGGAGCUGUGCCGCCAGCGAGCCCCCCCCGGCUACGGCGACUCCUUCUUCCCGCUGACCAUGUCGGGGGUCCUGCACUGCGUCACCAACUGCACCCCCAACCUGCCCCACACCCUCGACUGCCACCACGGCCGCUGCCACGUCACCCGCGGGGGGCCCCAGUGCUUUUGCCCAGACGAGGCCCUGUACUGGUAUACGGGGGCCCAGUGCUCCGGCAGGGUCAGCAAAGUGGCCACCGGGCUGGGCGUGGUGGCCGCCGUGUUCUUCCUCAUCUGCGUCAUCCUCGUCGUGGUCCUGCUCUGCCGCCGGCACCGGAGCUACCAGAGUGACCUCCCCCCCUAUUUUGGGGGUUCCUGGUACGAGUUCGACGACUUCACCUGGACCCCCCCGCGGGGGGCCGUGAUCCCAAACCCGGGGGUCGCCCCCCACCGGGACCCCCAGCCCCAAUUUGGGGAGAUGGACCCCGAAACCUGGAGAAGACCCUCGGGACCCCCCCCUGCCGCCCCCCGUGGGGGUCUGGGGAGUCCCCGAGCCUUCAGACCGUCCUUGGAGCGGGUGGAUCCCUUCAUCCAGCUGAGGACCCCGAGGCCGAGGGUCACCCCCGACCUGUGACCCCCCCCGUGGGACCUCCUGGAGCACCACGAGGAGACCCCGACUCAAACCAGGAGGAGACCCCGACCCAAACCAGGAGCGGAAACCCCCAAAGCCCAAGCGAGACCCCCCCCAACCCCACAGGAGAACCGGCACCGGCUCCCAGUAGCUCCCAGUGCUCCCCAGCGUCUCCCAGUAACUCCCAGUUUGUUCCAGCGCGCAGGACGUGCUGGAAGUUGGGCG